CCUUUGCCGACCGGGCCGCACGCACGCGCAUGCUCAGAGUGCGCGGAGUCUCGUGGCCGAUUGCAUUGCGCCUGCGCGCCGCGAAGCCCGCUAAGGAGCGGCGCUGUCGGAGGUCGGGCGGGCAGGCGGUGACGUCGUGAGGAGAGCUUUAAAGUGCGGGCCGGGCCGGGCGUCUGAGGUCUGACCCAGAGUCUGGCCGAGUUUUCACGGGGAGCCUCCACGGUAUGAGGCGCUGCCGGCGCCCCUGUUCCUCGGGACGUGGAGAAGGUGGAGGAGGAGGAAGCCUGGCUGUCGCUUGUGCUGCAUGACCGGCCGCUGCUGAGGUUCGACCCUUUCCUGGCCCCCCCUACGCCCCCCCGCUGGUUCCCUGGGCCAGGCAUGGCGACCUGGCACUGAGGACCCUCGCUUUCCCCUCGGGUCCCCGGGCGCGUCCCCCAAGAGCCAUGCCGGGCCGCCCUGGAGGACCCUAGAGUUGAGUUGCGGGGGCCAUGGCGGCCGCCGGCGGCUACACAGACCUGCGUGAGAAGCUCAAGUCCAUGACGUCCCGGGACAACUACAAGGCUGGCAGCCGGGAAGCUGCCGCCGCUGCGGCCGCCGCUGUGGCCGCUGCCGCGGCUGCCGCCGCCGCCGCCGAGCCUUACCCGGUAUCCGGGACCACCAAACGGAAAUACCAGGAGGACUCGGACCCGGAACGCAGCGACUACGAGGAGCAGCAAUUGCAGAAGGAGGAGGAGGCGCGCAAGGUGAAGAGCGGAAUCCGGCAGAUACGUCUCUUCAGCCAGGAUGAGUGUUCCAAGAUCGAGGCCCGCAUCGACGAGGUGGUGUCCCGCGCCGAGAAAGGCCUGUACAACGAGCACACCGUGGACCGGGCCCCCCUGCGCAACAAGUACUUCUUCGGCGAGGGCUACACGUACGGCGCCCAGCUGCAAAAGCGCGGGCCGGGCCAGGAGCGCCUCUAUCCGCCGGGCGACGUCGAUGAGAUCCCCGAAUGGGUGCAUCAGCUGGUGAUCCAGAAGCUGGUGGAGCACCGCGUUAUCCCCGAGGGCUUCGUCAACAGCGCAGUCAUCAACGACUACCAGCCUGGCGGCUGCAUCGUCUCUCACGUAGACCCCAUCCACAUCUUCGAGCGCCCGAUCGUGUCUGUGUCUUUCUUUAGCGACUCGGCACUUUGUUUCGGCUGCAAGUUCCAGUUCAAGCCCAUCCGGGUGUCGGAACCUGUGCUUUCUCUGCCGGUGCGCAGGGGGAGCGUGACUGUGCUCAGUGGAUAUGCUGCUGAUGAAAUCACUCACUGCAUACGGCCUCAGGACAUUAAAGAACGCCGAGCGGUCAUCAUUCUCAGGAAGACAAGAUUAGAUGCACCGCGUUUGGAAACAAAAUCCCUGAGCAGCUCCACAUUGCCACCCAACUAUGCUUCAGAUCGCCUGUCAGGAAACAGCAGAGACCCUGUGCUGAAACCCAAAAGGUCCCACCGCAAGGCAGACCCUGAUGCUGCCCACAGACCCCGGAUCCUGGAGAUGGACAAAGAAGAAAACCGGAGGUCUGUGCUUCUACCCACACACCGGCGGAGGGGUAGCUUUAGCUCUGAGAACUAUUGGCGCAAGUCCUAUGAGUCCUCAGACGAUUGCCCAGAGGGAGCCGGCAGCCCCACCCGCAAGGUGAAGAUGCGGAGACACUGAGUCCCUGUGCCCUCCUGGAACUCUGGCUAAUCCUGAUGUAGCUGCCCCAUCUUCUGUUUCAUUUGAGUGUUUUUUUCUUUGUUUGUUAUUUUGGUCCUGUAUAUGUUUUCCUUCCUUUGUUGCCUAUUAAGGCUAAAGAACAGAAUUGGCUCAAGACCUGGGUUCUUAUGUUCUUGACUUUCCUCCUUGAUGGAAAAGGCUGUUAGCUUCUGUAGGGGAACACUCAUACCAGAGUAGCCAGUCAAGACAGUGGGGAUAGCUGUCUUCAAGUGGAAAUGUGUCAGACUAGGUUUAUUUAAACACACAAAAUGCUUUGGUUAAGGAAAUCUUGUUUGGGCUUUAAAUGUAAACUUUGCAGUGUUUUAAAUUUCAACAAAGGCGAUUCUUUUGCCAGUCCUUUUCUUCCACUGACGCUCAUGCUUGGAUGAGGUCUCUUGGAGCCAUACAGGUCCUGCAUUGGGCCUGCUGCCCCUACAUCUCACCUGCUGUCCAGACUCUGGAAGCUCAUGCAAAUACCCUGUUCCUCACUGUUCAGGUUGGCUGGGUGUGGGGCUUAAACCAUACCAGCCCCUGCCAUCCCAUUUCUGAGUCCCCAGGCUUCCUGCAUGCCCUCCAGCUUGCUCUGUCCACCGGUCCUGGGUGGUCAAGAGACUAGCACAGUGGCCCUGACCUCUUGCCAAGAGCAUGCCCAUUUGCUGGGUUACUCGUUUUAGGCAUAUAUGUGUGGUUGUAUGGAACAGUUAGAUUUUCUGCAGUGGGUCAUUUGUAGGAAUUGUUUCUAGCUAGGGGUUGCUGCAGUGGGUCAUUUGUAGGAAUUGUUUCUAGCUAGAGGAGUUGAUUUGCUUCCAAUCUAACAUUUGGGUUAUGGGAACUUGGGGUGUGGUAGGACUUUGUUUCUUUUGUUCUGAGGUGUUUCCCCUCCCAUUAGUCUCUUAGCUUUUUCCUUUUUUCUCCUCAUUUGGCCAUCUUGGUUCUUUUUUGCCCCCAUAUUGUCUAUCUAAGAAGGCGUGUCCUCUCUUGUCCAUCUAUAGCUUAUAUCCAAGGCCAGAAGUUAGACCUGCAUAUUGGGUUGGUACUUUCUCUGCCUCAGGGCCAUGGGUGCUGGGAAAGGAACUUAUAAAAAUAAUAAAAAGUUAAAGUCUUUGACAGUUUCUGCCUGCUCAGAUCCUGGAAAGCUGUGGGGUUUUGCUGAUCCAGGUUCAUUAGGAAUGUCUUUGGCAGCCAGACAAGGAUUGGGUCUGCCAAAAACAGGCCUUCUGAGCAACAUGCCACCACAACUCCAAAGGUGCACAGAGGCCUGACCUCGGGCCUCUGGCUGCAGAGAUGUGGGGACAGCCAGCCAUCAGGAAAUCCCUCUUUGGGGUCAGAAAUCUUUGCCAAUGUGGAGCCCUCAAGUUGAGACUGCAUAAUUAAAGCAGUUGCAGGUCUUCUGUGCUUUUGGGUUGUUUUUGGUUUUGGUUUGGUUUUGGUUUGGUUUUUGUUUUUUUUUUUUUGUUUUGUUUUGUUUUUUUUACUGCUCUCCCCAAAAAUGAUUUGUAGUUGUGUGUGCAGCACUUUGCCCUAAUAUGUGUGUGCUCUACAAUAAAAAAACAAAUCUAAUAUAUUUUGAAACAAUUGUCUGAUGCUGUGGUAAGAGAAAGCCUGACCUUGGUUUGUCCCUUAAUUUAUUUUCUUAACUUUCCAACUGGAUUUGGAGAAAUUGAAUUUAUUGCCUACCAGUGCUCUGAAGACAGUGGCCACUGCCCCUGGCCCUCUUGAUUGAUGGCUAAAGGUGGUCUUGCCCUUGUCCACUGCCCUCUCCCCUUCAAGGAGGAUGGCCUUCAUAAACCAUGGUGACCAAGGACACACUUGUUGAGUUCUAGAAACUACACCCUCUUCUGGCAUGUUAAGAGAAGCUGCAGGCCAGUGCAGAUGUCACAAGUGGAUCUGGGGGUGGAGAGAGGGGAGCUCUGGUAGAGGAUAUGACAAUUCUUGUGUAUUCAGUACCCAGGUUCUUGAGCUCCCUAACUUGAACCUUGGUAGACAAAGCAGAUAGGGAUAGGAUGAGGCUGGGCCUCAGUGGACUUUAGUCUAUUGGGAUCCCUAAUGAUGUGGAUCCCAGGUAAACCAUUUCUGUUUACCCGGCUCUGCUCCAGUGAUCUGAGCCAGUUUGGUCAAAUUGCCGCUGUGGAAUCUUGGUCAAGUUGUUUCUUUGCCUAUAGAAUGACUAACCAGCACAUUUUGGAAAACAGUGCUCUGUCAAGAAGGGCCAGGGCCUCUGUGUGAUCUGUGCAAUGUGUUGGGGUGACGAUGGAACUGAGAGGGAAGUACCAGAUGUCAUCCUAACCAUGAUGUUGCAGAAGUGGUGAACCCACUCCAUGCUUGGGCACCUUGCCCUAGGGGCAAAGGGAUGGGGACUGAAGAACAAGGCAUGUGAGAAACUCUUGACCGAGUGAUCUAGGUUUCAGUCUGCUUGGAUAGUGUCCCCAUCCACAUGAAGUAAUAACCUACACCUAAUUUCCUGAAUCUUGCCUGUUUCAGCCGUAACACUGGGCCAAGAGCUUUGUUCCAUCAGCCCCUGCCUGACUCAACCCUCCUGUUAGGUAGUAGUUGCUCCAACAGCAGGUGGUACCCCCUGCCCACUCAGGAGCUCAUCCCAUUCCUCUCGCCCUGUUGUGUGGAGAAAGAAACAGGCCUGAGAGUUCAGAAAAAUUAUCCUAUAGGCCAGGCUCUGUAGGAAAGAGACCUGUAUAUGACAUGCUUAUGUGCAUAUAAGGUAUUCUAUGAUAGGACGGCAGUAGAGCCCAUUAACUGUAAGUGUAAAUAACAUGUACAGUAUGCUUGUAAAUCUCUAUAGCUAGUUGUUGCCCAUGGAACAUUUUUGACUGGCCUUUUGUUUAAGUGUGGAAUACAUCAUCUGCCUGUGGUUGUAAUUCAAAUACCAUGUGAGGGAGAUACAUUUUAUCAGUUUGUCUUAGUUUUCUAUGGCUUCCAAACCAUUACUUCAAACAUGAGAGCUUAAGGCAAUGGAAUUAGCUGGGUGUGGUGUUUCAUGCCUAUAAUUCCAGCAGAGGCUGAAGCAGAAGGAUCAAAAAGUUCAGUGCCAGCCUGGGCUAAAAAGCAAGACAUUGUCUCAAAAAGCAAAGUGGUCAAGCAUGGUGUUUGUCUGUAAUCCCAGCAGAAGCCAUAGGAGGAAUAUUGCAAGUUUGAGACUAGCCUGGUCUGCACAGGAAGCUGGAGGGGCAGCUGUGGCUACAUAGUGAGACCCUGUCUUCAAAACGAAAACACAAACUGAGGCUCUGGUGGGAAGCCUAUUCUUGCUUGCUUCUUGCAGCUUGGGGUAGUUCUAACCAGUCUAGAUGCAGGUACUCUAGAUCCAUAGUCACAUAACCUCUUGUAUGCUACAUCCUUCUCAGUGCCUCUCUGCCCCUCUCCGUGUGUGUGUGUGUGUGUGUGUGUGUGUGUGUGUGUGUGUGUGUGUGUGUGUGUGCGCGCGCGCGGCGUGUGUACAGGGUCUCACUGUAGCCCAGUCUAGCCUUGAACUUGCAAUUAAUUCUGCCACUGCACCCAACUUUUUCUGUCCCUGACUUAAUUGGACAUUUGUAAUUUAGGUAUAGGAACACCCACAUAGCCCACAGCUACAUAGCCCUGCUUUCUCUUUGUGGCAGUGCCAGGAAUAGAACCCAAUGCCUCUCUAGUACUAGGCAAGGGCUCUACCACUGACCCACACCCUAACCCCAACUCCUUAUAAAAGUAAGUGUAUGCCUUCCAGAAACUAGGACCUGAGAGCCUUGGGGGGCACUGUGCAGCUAGUGUCCACACUGCUAUUCAAAAAUUGUUACAAAAUCUGUGACCUAUUGAUUCCUCAAAGAAAUUGUAUUAAUUGGAUUGAAAUUUCUCAGCCUCAGCACUGUCUUAAAAUUUAAUCUGGAUCAUAAUAUUUACUCCAUUGCUUGCUUUUUUUUUUUCCUUUAGUGCUGGGCACCAAACCUAGGGCCUUGUGAGUUCUAGGCCUUGUAAGUGUUAGCUAUGCCCCCAGCAGCUCAUUGCUUUCUUAGUUUUAGAAGACCUAUGCUGUCCAAUCUGGAACCGCUGGACUCUGCCUUUUGAGCACUUGAGAUGUGGCUAGUUUCAAUUGAGAUAUGCUUUAUACACACCAGAAUUUGAAGUUAGUAUGAAAAAAGAAUGUAAAAUAUAUAAUUGAUAACUUUAUAUUGAUUACAUGUUGAAAUACUAUUUUGGACAUACUGAGUUAAAUAAAAUACAUUAUUUAAAUUAA